AUGGUAGAAAUGCUCCUGAAAGCACAGAAGUACAUGAACGUUGAAGACGCUUUAGCGGCCAUAAAGGAUGCAAAGAAGCCAGGAGACAAGGAAAAGAGAGAAGACGACCGUAGGGGGCAAAAGAGAGAGCGACCGGACCGUCGGAACAAUGACGGGAAUAGGAGGAAGGAUGAUAAAAAUUCUCGGACGAUCAAGGACGAGCAUUACCUCAAAUGGCCAAGACCAUUGCACUCAUCCCCCAAUGUCCGCGACAAGAACAAGUACUGCCGAUUCCACAAAGAUCACGGCCACAACACAGAAGAAUGUAGAGACCUAAAGGAGCGGAUAGAGGAGUUGAUACGUAAAGGGAAGUUACAGAAAUAUGUGAAGAACGGAGAAUAUAGUAAAUUUAAGGACGAUAAUAAAGGCCAGCAUGAAUCCUUUUCCCGGGAUGACGACCGUCUGUCCCAACCUCCGCACAAAGUGAUCGGGGAGAUAAAGACAAUUACAGGAGGGCCAUUUUCGGGAGGAUCGUUUAAAUCACUCAAGAAGGCAUACCAGAGGCAGGUAAACAGUGUCUACACCGUACCUCCGUCUAAGCACAGACGAACAUACCAGGAUAUGUCCUUCAAUGAAGGAGACGCCAUGGGAGUGAAGCAGCCCCACAACGAUCCCUUGGUCAUAAUGCUGAAUAUAGAAAGGUUCAAUACCAAGAGGAUCCUCGUCAACAAUGGCAGCUCCGCAGACAUCAUCUACCUCUCAGCCUUCCAGUAG